GUGUGUGCAUUGAUGUUUUCCAGAGGCGCGAUCCGUGCACCGUCGCUCUCCGCUGUUUGACUGCAGUGACACGGGGAAAAUGCGGUGCACCUUGUUGUGUCAGACACUCUGAUGGAGACUGAAAUGAGUCUUGAAGGCGAGUAGCGCUUUCUCUCAACCUAUGGAGGCAUCUUAAGCUUUUUCUUUUCUCUGGUGCUUGGCAUGAUUUAUAACGAGGAGGGAUACCAAAGGAAGAGGUGACAGACACUGGAUGAUCAUUUUUAAUUUGUUUCAUUUCAAAAAUUGGGAUCCUAGGUAUAGCAGAGUGACGAAUCCCAUUUUGGAAAAGCCACUCCUAAAGCGUUCUUCCUUAUGAAGCUGCAUGAUCUUCCCAUCGAUAUCAGGAUUUGAGUCUCGACACCAGGACUGGACCUUUUGACUAUUUCUAUAUCUGCGAAAAAACAAAGACUUAAUGAAUCAAUAUUCGCUUGCCGACAGUAUGACUGACAGCCUGAGGAUAUUAUAAUUCUCUCCAGAGGAAGAGCGUCGUCACAUCUUUUAGGAGCCACAGAGGUAACUUCACUCUUCCAAAGCUAGCAGAGGCUAAUAUGGGAUUCAGUGUGCUGGGAGUGUUUCUGGGGCUGCUCCUGGAGGUCUCUACCCACGGACCCCACACUAUUCCUCGGACUUCCUGGAAGCACCAAGAUGUGGAUCUUCUGGAGUUUUCCGAGCCUGGUAUUUUCAACUACUCGACUCUACUGCUGAGCGAGGAGAGAGAUGCCCUGUAUGUGGGCGCGAGGGAGGCCAUCUUUGAGCUCAGCAAGAGGAACGUGACGGUCCAAAACCACAAGGUUCAAUGGACAGUUACAAACGACCACGUGAAAAUGUGCAUAGGCAAAGGAAAAUCGAAAGAGAGGGACUGUCUGAACUACAUCCGAGUGCUCCAGGUUGUUGACGACGAGCGGCUUUAUGUCUGUGGUACUAAUGCCUUUCAGCCCCAGUGUGAUUACUUGAAUCUUGGCGACUUUUCUCUGGAGGGUCGGGCUGAAGAUGGCAGAGGGAAGUGCUCCUUUGACCCUUUGCAAAGUUUUACCACCAUCAUGGUUGACGGAGAGCUGUAUUCUGGGACAGUGUAUAACUUUUUAGGCAGCGAACCGAUUAUUUCCAGAUACUCUCCUUUCCACUCCCUGCUCAGGACAGAGUACUCCACAUCAUGGCUCAAUGAACCCAGUUUUGUCUUUGCUGAUGUGAUCAGAGAAGGAAGUAACGGAGCAGACGGAGAGGACGACAAGAUCUACUACUUCUUCACCGAGGUGUCGGUGGAAUACGAGUUCUUUGGCAAGUUGCUCAUUCCCAGAGUGGCUCGUGUGUGUAAGGGUGACCUCGGUGGCCAGCGCACCCUGCAGAAGAAGUGGACAUCCUUUCUGAAAGCCAAGCUUGUGUGCUCCAUGCCUGAGCUUAACUUUGUUUUCAACGUUGUGCACGACAUCUUCAUCUUGAAGGGAAAAGACAGGAGAGACACGGUCUUCUAUGGCGUCUUCACCUCUCAGUGGGGUAACGUGGGUCUGUCAGCUGUGUGUGCCUACAGCUUGGCGUCUGUGGAGGACGUCUUCUCCAGAGGGAAGUAUAUGCAGAAGGCCACGGUCGAGCAGUCCCACACCAAGUGGGUGAGACACAAUGGCAUCACUCCAUCUCCACGUCCCGGAGCAUGUAUCAACAACCUGUUACGCCAGCAGAACAUCAGCAGCUCACUCCACCUUCCAGACAAAACCCUCCAGUUUGUGAAGGACCACCCCCUGCUGGAGGAUCCCAUCCUGCCCAUCGGCAACAGGCCCCUGCUCAUCACCAGAGACAUCAACUACACCCAGCUGGUUGUGGAAAAGGUCAAAGCGCUCGACGGCAACAUUUAUGACAUCAUCUUCACCGGAACAGACAAAGGAGUCCUGCACAAGUCGGUAGUGUUUCAGGAGGAUGUUCACUGUGUGGAGGAGAUCCAGCUGCUGAAGGAGUCUGAACCCAUCAAAAACUUAGUGCUGUCCUCCAAGACGCGGUCCUUGUACGCCGGUUCAGACUCGGGAGUGGUCCAGUCACCCACAGCUUUCUGCCGCAGGUAUUUGUUCUGUAGCGACUGUGUCCUGGCUCGGGACCCCUAUUGCGCCUGGGACCCCACCUCUCUCACCUGUGUCAACAUCUUAGAUGCGUCCAAGCGGCAGCUCAGGACACUCAUCCAGAGUCUGAAUGGGGACGCAGACAAGUGUCCCACAGAGUCAGCUGUGUCCCGUGAGAGCUACCUGCAUGUGCUGGUGAAACCAGGAAGUUCUGCUGAGCUGCACUGCCUGGGAAACUCGAACCUGGCUCACGUGAUGUGGAAAUCUAAUGGCUCCGUUCUCAGCGAGGCCUCGCGCUUCCACUUCAUGGCUGAGAAUGGGCUCCUCAUUUACAGCGUGGCUCCAGAGGACCAGGGCCACUAUGAGUGCUGGUCCGUAGAAUGGGCCCCCGCCGCUGGGAAGAACUUUAGCCGCCUGCUGGUUGGAUACAUUGUGAAACUGGAUCUUCCAUCCAGACCCCCUCCUCCGACGACCCACAUGACCACCACCCUGAGCAGCCAGGAGAAAAGCAGCACCCGUACAGUUGAAGGUAAUGGUAAGACAGAGAGAGACUCACUAACCUGGACCAGGCCCACAGCAUCAGUCCUCCUCACCUCCCCACCCCACACUGACCCAUCACUAACCCCACCGCCCAGCAGCACAGUCAGAGUCCAGCUGCAGAAGAACCUUCCCCCGGACUCUGUCGCUUCUCGUCCGGACAGCCGCGAGCCCGAGGCCGAGUAUCUGCAGCACAACAACAGCGUGGCCCUCCUCUUCCUCUUCCUCCUGUUCUUCCUCCUCUUCCUGGCUGCACUGGUGUACAACUGCUACAUGCAGUACCUCCCAGCUCCCUGCCUGAGGCUACGAGCCGCCCUGCUGGGCACUCACAAGUGCUCCCAUCAGCCCCAGUACCAGGCCUGCGAGGCAGGUCUAAUGGGAGCGUCUCCAGCCGACAAAGUGAACAUGAGCGAACGUCCAACUCAGAACGGCAGCCAAGCUGCUCAGAGCCUCCGGGCGCUCCGCGACACCGGCUACGAGACGGAACCGGAGUGUGGUAACGGUCAGGUCCUCUCCCACAGCCCCUCACAGGAAAAACCUUUUGAUGUGGACACCGACUCCCAGUCCAUCAAGUAUGCAGAUGAAGACGAGCAGUGCUGCUAGGAGCUUCUGUCUGCUUUAGACCUCAUAAAACGCCCCUCAGCUUAGUCCAGCAAGAAAAGCUAAUUCUUAUAUUCCAGAUUGGAAACAUUAUUUACCAAAUUGGUAAGCCACCCUGAUGUUUUCCAAAUUGGAAUCCUGCUUCUGUUUAGUUUGGGUAAUAAAACAAAAUCAUCUCCUGGAGCAUCUUUAUGUUGUUGAUAAAUUCUUCAGCGCUGUGACGAAUUCUCAGGGAGGAGCCCAGCUUCGUCUGCUUUGUGAGGUGCAACUGGAAAGCGCCAGGCAAGUGGCUGGCAUGUUCAGAACCACUGCUGAGACGUUAUUUAGAUUUGGACCCACCUGAUCUUCCUGUGUACUAACCAUCAUCUUCCUUUAAAACACUGGUAGGAGCUGAAGCCUGGUAACGGAGCCCUGAUACAAUCUGAAGAACCUUUUAUUUAGAUGAAUAUUAUUUUAAGUGGCACAUCAGUUUGUUGUAUUGUUUUCCUUUGUUUAGUUUUAUUCUGCUUCAUGUAGAAAAUUCCUCAUCCUCCUUUCUUGACUU